AUGACAGGGUGUAUGUCUGCGUGUGAUAUGGACGCGUUUUCUUUCUUUGUGCGAAGUGAAGAGAAAGGGGGCACAGAAUGCAUGUCAAAAAGAAGUUAUCGAAGCCCCCUCGUGUUGGCUUCUGGGGUAGGGAAAUAUGGAAUAAUAUACCCCGACUCCGAAUGCCUCAUUGCGGAUGCGUUUCAGUUUUGUGACAAACCGAGAAAACAGGCAGAAGUGAUGAAUGCGGGUGAAUGCGGUCAAAUAAACACUGGAGGAGAGAUGAUGUUAAAACCGUGGGCAAAUCUACAGGAGUUGAUUCCCCCACCGACUGUGCGCCUCUCCCGCCAAUUGCUUGGCCGAGGCCGGCAAGCUGCAGUGUGGCUUUGCGAGGACACCAGGCGUUCCGGGGUAUACUAUGCGGUGAAGACGAUUGAGAUGCCAUUCUCGACAUCUAUUCCAGUGCACCAGAUAGUCAAAAUGCUGAACCGCGCCCCUGAUGGCCGGAUGAAUUUGCCCUACACCACAUCUCCUCAGAAAAUUGUAAUGGAGGUCGGUCUUGAGGAGGAGGCACGCCUUAUGCAUGGACUUCGUCACUCUGGUCUUGUACAGCUGCAUGGAGUGGAUACGGAAAUUGGGAACGAGGGCAUUGCUGUUUGCCGACUUUAUUUGGAAUACAUGUCAUGUGGUUCGCUCUUGUCGUUUGUCCGUCAGCACUAUGAGGCAGGGCGAUUGCGUGAACGAGCAUUGCGCUGGUUUCUAAAGCCCAUUGUUGAAGGUCUUUGCUACAUGCAUGCAAAUGAUGUGGUGCACCUGGACGUGAAAGCGGAGAACAUUUUGGUCAAGUGGGCCGAUGAACAUGGGGACGAGUGUAGGGAUUGUAUCAACUCCCCGCGUCGUUUUCCUGUGACAAAGUUGGGGGACUUUGGCUGCGCACGCUACAUUGGCAGGAAAGCUUCCACCUAUAGUAGUAAUACGAACAACAGGAACAGGUACAAUACACGGGCCUUAGGGCAACGAUACGGUGAAAUGCCUUCUGGUACCCCCGGGUUCAUGGCACCGGAAGUUGUUUUACAGCCUCAUACUACGUCCGAUGCGUGCAGCCCGGCAGCAGAUAUAUGGUCACUUGGUUGCACCAUUCUACAACUCCUAUACGGCGCGCUUCCUGUACAUUCCGAAUUAAACGUUGCCGCUAUCCUUUUUGAAACUGCCAUGCAUCCUGAGAAAAUUCAUCGUUUUAUUCCACCCGCUAGGAUUGAAUCUGACACGUCUAGUGUGAUGACAUCCAUGCCCUUAACGAAGUGUCGUGAGGAUGUCUUCAUUUCCAUGACGUUACGGCAUUUGCUUCUGCAGUGCCUGCAGCCGGACGCCAGUAAACGUGCGACCGCGGCGCAACUAUUGCAGCACCCAUUCUUCCAGCAACAUUGCAACUCUGCGGAUGCCGCUGAGGGUCUUCUUGACCCGCAUCUUUUUGAUGUUUACAGCAGUCAAUGCGGUUUUCAGAAUGAAAGUUUUUUGUGUGGGACUUCAGGAAGCCUCAUCAGCACGCACAUCGAUGGUCUUUCGAUCAGCGAUUGGAGCGACGACGAAGAAGACGACACCGAUGACGAUAUGAUGAUCGAUCGCUAA